GGUUCAUCGUCAUGACGCAUUCCUUUUCCUAUACCACCUUCCUAGUCGGCCGGUACCUCUCCCUCUUCGGGAUCGGAGUGGGUGCCACCGUGGCUCCGCUCUACAUCGGCGAAGUCGCUUAUCCGAGCCAACGAGGGUUCCUCAACACCAUCCCAGAAAUAUUCCGGAUCAUGGGAGUGUGGAUGGCUGUCGUAGCACGCGCCGCCGUGGGGCCCAGCUCGCGGUGGCGAAUAAUCUUCGGGGUGGGCAGUGUCCCGCCGUUCGUAAUGGGUCUCGGCAUGCUUCUGUUGCCGGAUUCCCCAAGCUGGCUAAUCGUUAACGGAUGGGUCGCCGACACAGCGUACGUCCUCAGAAAAACCUCUUCACCACUCGAGGUAAAGAAAAGAAUGAAACUCCUAGCAAAGGCGGCGAAGAUCCCAGGCAGCGCGAUCCGCAGGAAUGUGGUCUAUUCCCCAAUUCCCGAUGACACAGACACCGGCACGUGCGGGAAAACGUUCCGC